ACGGCAUCGGGGAAGGAAGGCAGGUGCGCGCGCUCUCUCCACGCACAGGGUGUCUCACAGGCAAAGAGAUAAACACCAAAAAAAACAACAACAACAAAAACGUCGACUCGAAAACGUUGCUGCGAGUGAACGUUUCCAAGAACUCUGGAGAAAACAGCUGAUAUAAAGUGAUCCCAGAUAUAAGGGAGAAGUGACUUAAUACCCAUAUCCUUAGAUGGACUUUGUUUUUUUUUAAAGGAUUCAUAUACGUCGUUUAGGAGUUUCCGAGAGAGAAAUACUCCGUCACAAAAGUUCCCGUUCUUGAAGGAGAACCUGAUCUAAAGUGGAUCCAGUGAACAGCAUUCUUCCUUCGUUGAACACCAGGUAUCGUGUUCUUACUAGUGUUCUGUCGAGUUGAAGAGGGUAAUACCACGUAAGGGUGACAUAUCAGGGUGACACACACUCGCCCUAAAGUACCACUGAUUUGACGACAACAAGGACAAAUCUCCAUUAAUGUCAAAACGAAACAGCAGCACAAUUAUCCUAACUAUUUAAAGCAAGAGACAAAGAAAACGAGAAAUUACGUCACAAAAAGGCUGGAAUGAUCUCGAGGACAAGAUGACAGCCAAACUCCUCCUGCAGGCGCUGACGGUCUUGCUCGCCCUCGUAAGCACGGCGAUUGGCACGGACCAGGUCUCCUCCUCCUCCCCCUCUUCCUCGUCCUCCUCUUCUACGGCAGCAUCCAGCGGAGAUGAAGCCACGGGAAGUCCACUCACUCGACACGGAUGCCACUUCCACCGGCUGGAUCAGAUGGCCAGCUGCCGAGGCCUGAACACGUCGCAGCUGGCGGAGGCGCUGACGAAGUAUGGAGAGAGGACGAAGGAAGCUGGGGUUUCUCUCGAAGGGAACGGAACCAGGGAUGAGUCAGACGGGGCCGUACCCUCCCCUCGCCUUCGGGAACUGUCCCUGUUCUACUGCCGGAUCCCCAAGCUGACGCGGGAAGCCCUAGGACCUCCUGAAGGCGGUUCGUUGGAGAUUAUCAGCGUCGUCAGCUCAGGCGUGGAAGAGGUCCUCCCCGAUGCCCUGGCCGACCACGCCCUCACCCUCACGCGCCUGGUCCUCGCCCACAACAGCCUCGGGGGCGUGCCUAAGGCGGUGGCCAACCUGACGAGGCUGGAGGUGCUGGAUCUCCGCCAUAACCGAAUUAAUCACCUUCCUGAGGGAACACUGCUCUUCAAUCUCCACCGCCUUCGUCAGCUGCAUCUCGAUCACAAUCUGCUGGGUCAGAUCGCUAAUACUCAGGCGCGUCUCGGCAUCUCCUCCUCGGGGCUGAGUAUGACGGUGUUCAACCUUGAGCCCUUGAGAACCUCCCUCAGGCACUUGACUCUCGCCCACAACGCCCUCGCCGCCUUCCCCGAGCAGUUCUCCAGGCCCUUCGACAGGCUGACGAAUCUGGACCUUUCGUCGAAUAAGAUUUCAAAAGUCGUCCGCGGGGCCUUCGUCAGCAUGCCUCGCCUCCAGUUCCUUGACCUGAGCGACAACCUCCUCCACGCCUUCGAUCCCAGGAACCUCUCCAAUUCGCUGCUUGAUCUCAACCUCGCUGGCAACCCUUGGUCUUGUGACUGCGACUCCUUAUGGCUUCUGAAGAAACUAGACGGCAGUUCCUCACCAGCAGUCACGUCGCCCGCAUGCGCCUCGCCGCUCCACCUUCGCCACAGGCCCGUGUCUUCACUCAAAGAGGCGGACGUGUGCCCGGCGGAGGAGACGGACAACCACAGCCGGGUGGUGUACGUGGGCGACGACGUGGACGGGGUGCUGGCCGACGCCCUGGAUGCGCUCCACCUCCUCAACGUGACGGCGCUGAACCACCAGGCGCUCCUCGUCUCCUGGAGGGUCGAGGCGCAGUUUUACGCCUCCGCUCGGAAGGACCCUGACUCCGCGCCCCUCUCGUGGGCCAUCACCCUCCGCCAGGCCGACGAGGACCCCCGGCUGGCGGGCCCCACCAAGAUGCGGCUCGAGAGGUACAAGGCCGAGAGGGCCGACUGGGUCCCCGGCGAGUCGCUCUUCACAGAGGUCCUCCACGGGCUGGAGGAGGACACGCGCUACACCUUCUGCCUCACGCCCAUCCAGGACCACCGCUACUUCACGCGGCCCGACCACUGCCUCAACGCCAAGACGCUUACCAGAGCUCAGCUCACCCCGCCGAGCACUACCACGACGACGACGACGACGACUCCUGUAACCAUCAGCGCGCCUCGGGUCGUGCCGUUCGUGACCACCGAGGAUUACAUCGCGGAGACAGAGAGGGUGGUGAUCGCACGAGAGGCGCGGCGGGUCAGCAUGUCCUGGAACGUCACGAUCCAGCCCAAGGACGUCCUGCAGGGGAAGCGAGAGGCCAUGGUGCUCCGUCCCCUCGGCUGGAAAAUCCUGUACCGCCGCUUCGGGGACGAGAACGAGACGGAGGUGGUGCUGGUGAGCCGCGGCGGCGAGCCCGUGCAGAACUUCACCAACCACUACACUGUGGAGGGGCUGGAUCCUGGCACCGCCUACGUGUUCUGCUUCAACUCCCUCACAGACGUGCAGGUCGCGGAGUCGCUUAAGACUGAUGGAGAGACCGCGGUGAAGGACAUGACCUCCGAGGCGCUGCCCCACCAGCACGUGCCUCGCGACCCCGACAUCCUAAGGACAGCUGCAAGAGGCCGCAGCGUACAGUCUGGCGCUGAAUCUCAAGUGGUAGGUGGUAAAAAUCCCGCAGGGGCGCCUCCCCCACCUUCGUCGCCCAGAGCACCAGCGAAUCAAGACUCGCCGCGAUUCACGCCGCCCUUCCCCCCAAAUGCGCCGCCGCCGCCGCCGCCCCCGCCGCGCCCAAGCACCAGCGCCUUCCCGCCCAACUUCCCCCCCGUGCCCGCCCUCCCCCCGCACCCGAGCAACCGGCCCCCUCGCCCCCCCGCCCCCGAGCCCGGCACCACCUUCGUGUACACGAGCACGGGGCAGAGGAUCGCCGUGCCUCUCUCCUCCGGCUCGCCCUUCAACCUGCCGUCGGUGGUCAACCCCAACUUCAACCCCAGGAACGUCCCUCCGCCGCCGAUCCCGUCCCUGCCGCCCACGACGCCGCGCCAGAGGUUCAUAUACGAGUUCGACGAAGAGGAGCGGCCGUCGGAGCAGUCCUUCACGUACGACUUCACGACCGAGAGCACGACCACCACGGAAGAGCCGGAGGGGCAGAGGUUCACGUACGUCACGCGGCGAAGGAGGUCCGUGGCGGAGGAGGAAUCGAACACCUCCUACAUGAAGCUGCUGGAGUCGGGCGUGACGCAGUAUUGUGAGGAGAUCGUCACUUUGAGAGACGAUGACGUCAUCACGCCCGUCGCCAUUGCCACCACUGUGUCCACUUCCACCACCGUCGUCGUGGCCAUCCUCUGCUGCUGCUGCUGGCCGCGGCGCUGCUGGCGUCGCAAGAAGCCCAGCUGGAAGGAGCGAGCCGCUGCCAACACUCGCAAAAUCAGCACGAUCUCCUCGCCGACGCCCGUCUCCGUGUACUCCCGCAGCAACUCCGUGGCCAACGGCGUCGUGAAUGGGGAGGGCAGGUCGGGUGCCCUCAAGAGCGCCCCCGCGCCCAUCUCCCCGAGGAAGGGGCUGGAAGGCAUCAACGGCUUUCAGGGGAAAACAGCUCGGUCUGUGUCGGUCACCUCGAGCUCUGGCUACCUCACGCCCCUCCCGGGAAAUACUCCCCAGGACCCCGAGGCGAUGUUCAGCGAAGCCAAAUCUUACCUGCCGAGCCAGAAGGCCUACCUCAACUCUGUGAAGGACCGCUUGCUGCAGCAACACAAAGACUUGCAGGACUUCCACCCCGGCUACGACAUUCCCCCGACAUCCUCCUCCAAGGCCUUCUUGGGCUACGACUACCCUCACCCAACGCCCGUGAACCCCAUCGGGAGCCAGAGCGACGGUCGCGCCAAGUCGGGAGGAGUGAGGGCUCUGCCGACGCCGUCGCCCUCCAGCAGCGACUCCAACUACAACGCCUCCAUCGGCAGCGGCGUCGAGCCUCCCCGACCUCACGUCAAUCUCAACAUCCCCCUUAGGCAGGCCAAGAGCUCAGACAUCAACAAGAGCCUCGACUUUAACUCCAGCGCCGAGACGAGUCAAAGCCUCGACUACAACUACAUCGCCCCGGAAGACGUGACCAGCAGACCCCGCACCUUCGUCAAGCACGUUCCGGGGAAAUCCAACCACCGCAGGUUUGGUCAUCCGCAGCGACCGCACGAGGACCAAACGACUCAACAACGAACCCCGUACGACUCGGCGAAUGCGUGCACAAUCCAGCACAGUCGCUCAGUGCCAGAUCUGGUGAAUGCUGAAAACGAGACGGCUCAUUUACCUGCGGCAACGCGACUCAACCUUCUGAUCGGCAGUCAGACUGAGAGCAACCCUUCAGCAACUCCCAGGGACGGCCAGCCCUCGUCCUUGCCUCCAAGCUACGACCCCAACGUGAUGACGGAGGUCAACGGCUACGUCAACGUCCCUGUGCCACCGGGGGAGGACAAGAACAGGGACCGGGACGUUUACCACACCUGGGGCAGCUCCAGCCACGGCAAAUCCCGGAAUCGCCCCAGUCUCGGGGAUAUUGUCCUCACAGGCGGAACCCUGAUCGAGGUUCCCGAAGGCUACGUGAUACCGAAACCUCCCAAACCCACGAGAACGGUGAGGCUACUCGUUCCUGGCGAGGAGAAGGCCGGACGGACGGAACCCCCCGCGAAGGAGACGUCCGCAGGGGAGGAGCAAACGGGGAAGGCCCUCCCUCCUCCUCCUCUGCCGACGAAGGUGUCCCUGCAGGAGGAGAAGAAGGGGAAGAAGAUCACCCUUCCUCCUCUCUCCUUGUCUGCCGAGUCCGACACUUCAUCCAAAGACGAAGAAAACGUGAGUCAGAUCACGCACCUGGUCACACCCGAGCUUCAACCCGAACAUGUGGUCGUGAGCACCGGUCUGGCCGUCUAGAUAGUGCGGUCGUUAGUGUGGCCAUGGACUAGCCUUAAAUAUUGUAUAUGUAAUUCUUUUUAUUCCAUUUUGCCGGAGUUGCGUAAUUCACAACCCGAAAGAUGUUUAUUCAGAACAGAUGACAAAAGGAGUAUCUUACAUGCCCCAGUCUUUACGUUGUGUUGUAACGGGUAUUCUGUGAUUGACUUUUGCGAGUUGGAUUGUUCAGCACAGUACGAAGAGGUUAGUGCCACCUCGAGGUGUGUAUAUAUAUAUAUAUACAUACACACACACAUAUAUAUAUCAGUAAUUGCAUAAUUGUGUCAUAGAUGUCAAAGUUGAUUCUGUGCAGAAUUAGUGAUUUCACAGUUAUCAGAGCACUGUUAAAGAGUAGACUGCUAAGUACAGUCUGUGCCAUGACAGGGAGGUAGACUGGGGACGAAGCUAUAGUAUAUAUUGUACAUAAUGAAUUCUAUUGUAUAUGAA